AUGCUAAUCAGACUACUUGAUUUGGUGACACUUAUUGGGGAAGGAGCAGACGAUGCAGGUGGAGUGUUUGACGAGAUCAUGGGCGAGAUGGUGCGAGAGAUCCAGCAGAAACAGAUGUGUGGCCUCCUCAUCCCUACACCCAACUCGAUUGCUGAGACAGGAAACAACCGAGACGUCUUCCUUCUCAACCCAAAAGCAACAAAUGCCGAACAAUCGGAACAGCUGAAGUUUCUAGGAAUUCUAUUUGGAGUGGCAAUGAGAACGAGGAAACCCAUUGAGAUCGAACUGGCUCCUAUCAUGUGGAAAUUACUUGCGGGAUGUCAAGUGACACUUAUUGGGGAAGGAGCAGACGAUGCAGGUGGAGUGUUUGACGAGAUCAUGGGCGAGAUGGUGCGAGAGAUCCAGCAGAAACAGAUGUGUGGCCUCCUCAUCCCUACACCCAACUCGAUUGCUGAGACAGGAAACAACCGAGACGUCUUCCUUCUCAACCCAAAAGCAACAAAUGCCGAACAAUCGGAACAGCUGAAGUUUCUAGGAAUUCUAUUUGGAGUGGCAAUGAGAACGAGGAAACCCAUUGAGAUCGAACUGGCUCCUAUCAUGUGGAAAUUACUUGCGGGAUGUCAAGUGACACUUAUUGGGGAAGGAGCAGACGAUGCAGGUGGAGUGUUUGACGAGAUCAUGGGCGAGAUGGUGCGAGAGAUCCAGCAGAAACAGAUGUGUGGCCUCCUCAUCCCUACACCCAACUCGAUUGCUGAGACAGGAAACAACCGAGACGUCUUCCUUCUCAACCCAAAAGCAACAAAUGCCGAACAAUCGGAACAGCUGAAGUUUCUAGGAAUUCUAUUCGGAGUGGCAAUGAGAACGAGGAAACCCAUUGAGAUCGAACUGGCUCCUAUCAUGUGGAAAUUACUUGCGGGAUGUCAAGUGACUAUCGAAGACUUGCAGCAGGUCGAUUCAUGUUACGUCUCGAUCUUAAACAACUUGCUAGCUUUGGAUGAAAGUGUAGUGAUCGAAGAGAACUUCAAAGAUCUGAUGCCGUUUAACUUCAACGAAUGUCAAAGCGCUAAUGGAGAAUCAGUUUCGCUGACAAGCAAGAAAAACGGAACGAGCCAUUGGGUGUACGUGAACUUAAACACCAGGGACAAAUAUGUAGCCAAGGUGCUGUCAUAUAGGUUGAAUGAGUUCUCACUGCAAAUUGAGAAAGUUCGAGAAGGUAUGGGGUGUAUAGUACCCCUGCCUAUCAUUUCGCUGAUGACUCACACCGCUCUUGAAGAAUAUAUAUGCGGAUCAAAAACAGUCAAUGUUGAAGCUCUGCGAAAGUUUGUGAAAUACAGAGGUUGUGACGAAGAAACUCAGGUCAUAGUUUGGUUCUGGAACAUUCUAGAAUCUUUCGAAGAUGAACAAAAGAUUCUGUUUCUCAGAUUUGUUUCGGGAAGAUCGCGACUUCCGGCUAACGUUAAUGAAAUGUCACAAAGGUUUAUAAUUUAUUUCGCAAACGAUAAAACUGACGCAUUGCCAACAGCGCAAACAUGUUUCUUCCAAAUAAGGUUACCAGGGUACUCAAGUCAAGAAGUUAUGAAAAAUAAACUCCUCUACGCGAUCAAAAACUGUCAGACAAUAGACAUGGACAACCACAUGUUGAAUCGGGAUCCAAUGCGAAGGGUUCUAAGAGCAGUUGCUAUGAGUAAUGCCUUCUUCAAUCUGGAGGUCAACAACGCGAACAUUUUCGAACAGUUCCCUAUGCCAUCGAUUGUAGACCCUUCGACGACCUUAUCAGUUCCGAGUCCUCGAGCUAUGAAUGUGAGUUCGGAUACAGAAGAGGAUGUCGUCGUUGGAUCCGAGCAGCAAUCGGCCGAGUUGUUCAACCCAUCCGACCAGGAGCCAACUUCAACAGCACGACUGAGACGAACGUUUCAUUAUCAGACUCUCCCAUCUGGCGAUUAGAUGUUACAUUUGAAUUGAAACUGGUUUCGAUCUGGUUAUGGCAAAACUACGAAACUUUUAAUAGAGUACUCAAUACUUUCAGAAAACUUCAUAUUCCAAAAAAUUUAAAGCUCCUAUAUUCAAAUUGAAAUAGAGUGAAAUUUAAGAAUGACAGUGUAUCUAUUAGAUAAGUUUGAA